AUGAAGUUCUUCUCUGUCCUCGCUGCCGGCUUGGCCGUCAUCAUGGCCGUCCCCACCCUCGCGGCCCCUGCCCCUGCCCCCGCUCCCCCCGGUCGCCGAUUGAAGUCCAUCGAGCGUUUCCAGGGUGCCACGACCGGCAAGUACAUCGUCAAGUUCAAGAAGGGUGCCUCCCGACGCAACUACCUCAACAAGUUGAAGCUCAAGGCCUCUGCUGAUUGGGACAUCCUCAACGGCUUUGCUGCCGAUUUGGAUGAGGCUGCUCUCGAGGAACUCCGUGCCUCCGACGAUGUUGAAUACGUCGCUGAGGACGGUAUCAUGCACGCCUUUGUCACCCAGACCAACGCUCCUUGGGGUCUCCAGCGUAUCACCCAGCCUGGACGUCUCGCGUCCCAGAGCACCAGCUCUGCCAACUACAACUUCACCUACGAUGCCUCCGCUGGUGCUGGCGUUGACAUCUACGUCGUCGAUACUGGUGUCCAGACCUCCCACUCUGACUUCGGUGGACGUGCUCGCUGGGGCGUCUCGUACGUCAGCGAAUCCACUGACGGUAAUGGCCACGGUACCCACUGUGCUGGUACCGCUGCUGGUACUCGCUUCGGUGUUGCUAAGAGGGCCAACAUCAUCGCUGUGCAAGUCCUCAACAGGUCUGGCUCUGGUGCUACUUCCGGAAUUGUCUCUGGUCUCCAAUGGGUUUUGAACCAAGCCCGUGCUUCCGGCCGCCCCUCAGUCGUUUCCAUGUCACUCGGUGGUGGCGCAUCCACUGCUACUGACAACGCCGUUGCUCAACUCACCGCUGCUGGUAUCCAUGUCGUCGUCGCUGCCGGUAACUCCAACGUCAACGCUGCCAACACCUCCCCCGCUCGUGCUCCCUCUGCCAUCACCGUCGCCGCCUCCACCAUCGCUGACGCCAAGGCUUCCUACUCCAACUACGGCGCUGUCAUCGACGUCUGGGCUCCAGGCUCCAACAUCCUCUCUGCCUGGAUUGGUUCCAACACUGCCACUAACAACAUCUCUGGUACUUCCAUGGCUACCCCCCACGUUGCUGGUGUUGUCGCCUAUCUCAUCGGCCGAGAUGGUAACAUCAGCCCCGCGGCCAUGGCCACCAAGAUCAAAAACUUGGCUGUCAAGAACGUCCUCUCUGGUGUUCCCUCUGGCACCACCAACGCCCUCCUCCAGAUCUAA